UGGCGGGACUCGGUGGUUUCUGUGCUGGGAAGGUGUUUGGUGCUUUGUCGCCCGUCCGGGGACGCCAGGAACUGAAAUACUUGAAGAUGAUGCCCCGGACUAUACUCCUCUUACUCUUGUUCACUCCCGUGUCAACAGCCAUGGAGCCUAUCAGUAUGGGCAUUGCAGUCGGCGUGGCCACCGCUCUGACCGGCCUCUUCACUGGCAAUUUCCUCAACCUCUAUUGCAUGUUCCAGGAAUGUUGUGAGGAUCAGUGGAUAGGAUUCAAUUCAACAGGGUUGCAGGUGGACUUGGAUAAUAAAAUAUUUGGACAACAUAUUGCCAAGCAAGUUAUUCUGAAGACUGUCAGUGGUUUCUUAUCAAAUCCAAACCCUAAAAAGCCUCUAACUUUGUCUCUACAUGGCUGGACUGGGACAGGCAAAAACUUAAUCAGUAAAAUAAUAGCCGAAAGCAUUUUCAAAAAUGGAUUGAAGAGUGACUAUGUUCAUCAGUUUGUCUCCACUUUGCACUUCCCGCAUCCUGAGUACCUCAGCAGCUAUAAGGAGCAGCUGCAGAAAUGGAUCCGUGGUAAUGUUAGCUUGUGUGGCAGGUCCAUGUUCAUUUUUGAUGAAAUGGACAAAAUGCAAGCAGGCCUUAUUGAUGCUAUUAAGCCUUAUUUGGACUACUAUGAAAACAUUGAUGGAGUAGUGUACCGGAACGCCAUUUUCAUUUUUCUGAGCAAUGCAGGUGGAGAGAGCAUAAAUAAGAUUGCACUGGAAUUUUGGCGCAAAGGAAGCAAAAGGGAGGACAUUCAAGUGAAGGAUAUUGAGAGUAAAUUGUCUGUUGGAGUCUUCAAUAACAAAAAGAGUGGUUUCUGGCACACCAGUCUCAUUGAUAAAAACUUGAUUGACUACUUUGUCCCCUUCCUUCCUCUGGAAUAUAAACAUGUCAAGAUGUGUGUCAGGGAAGAACUGAAGUCCAGAGGUUCCAAGGAGGAUGAAAACAUCAUUAGCAGUGUAGCUGAUGAAAUGACAUACUUUCCAGAAGAUGAAUUGAUCUAUUCACACAAAGGCUGCAAAACUGUGGCUUCUAAGGUGGACUUUUACUUGUAAAAUGUGUGUAUAUGUGUGUGUUUUUUUUAAUUGAAUCUAUUUAGCUUUUUUGACUCUGGACACUUUUUAAAAAAAGAAUAAAAUUGAAAAGGGCAUCGUUUGCUGCACUCGAUGAAUUUGAAAAUCUGUGUGCCUGGGGAUAUGUAUUUUUCAAUGUUUCAUCUUUUGUUCAUGUGGUAAUUUUAAACUGCUGUUUACUAAUCAAGAAUGUAAAACAUUUGUUUACAUCUGAAUAAUGGUGAAGUAAUUGUUAAAAUGAUGGCAAAGCAUUGGUGAUUAGGCCACUGUAGAAUUUUUUGAAAAAAUAGUAUUUUGUUGAAAUUUCAAAUCUUGAGUAAAUACCCUUAAUGUAAAUACCUUGCUAUGAAAUUAAUGAUGUCUUCUGUUCAAAUUUAAUUCCUAUCUUUUCACUUAAAGGACAGCUCAGCAGAUUAUAUAUUUUUUUCAAUGCACAAAGUACUGAGUUUCUCCUCAAUAGCAAACAUUGUUAACUACAUGGAAAACUUUAUCCAAUUUUGGGACCUUUUGAUUACUGAAUGGCGUUUUUUCAGGUUUGCCUUCACAUUGAGGUAUGCUCUUGUGUCAACGUUUUUACAGGUUAAAUCAUACAAAUUGUAUAAAUUUCCUUUUUGUUAAACUAAGGCAAGUUAGUGAUGCACAAAAUCAGCUAAUCAUGUGCCUGUUUUAGCAAUUACUUUUGCGAGACAAAAUACAGAUAUCAGAAUAAUCUUGUUACCAUAUUGUGUCUAGUUGUGUGACUAGCUCAUUAUAGAGAGAGAAAUUACUUAGUAAUGGAGGAGUGUAAUUUUUUUAAACAAAUGUUUCCACUUUAAGCAAGUUUUGUUUUAAAGGAAUUAAAUUUCAACAUGUCCGUCUCUCUCUUCUCUCCCCCCCCCCAUUGUUUUUAAUAGGAUAUUUUUGUGAAUUGCAAUUCUAAGGAAAUUUGUAUCAAAAAUGACUGUGUAGUGGUGACACUUUAUAAAUUUUAAUUCAAUAGAUUGGGCUUCAUUCCAUCAACCCAUGGGAAGGUGUAUUUGUUUUUCAUUAAUGUUUUCCUUUGUCAUAGUUUAUCACACCGUUGAGUCAAAAGGUGGGUUCAAAUUUCAAAUCGAAAAGAAAGGAUUUAAGAUCAGAGUUGUUGGUUUUGUAAUAAAUCUAAUGAAUAUUUUUUCCUGUUUAAACACUUUAAUGCAGAAGUUAAUUUUAAUAAUAAUUGUAGUUUGGAACCUAGAAGGAUACUGGAACUUGGGAGUCAAAUUUGAGGUACAUUAGUACAAGAAUGCAAUAAACUCUGGAAUUAAAUUUUUUUAAAUGUCUUAUGGUUGAAACACAAAAUUGCUGAAUAUAUUUCUGUUCUUUGCAAUAACCUAUUAAAAUCAGGCAUGUUAAUUAUCAGGGAAAACAUUUGAUACAAAACAGCAUUUUUAUACAUAAAACAUUUUAUAGCUUUCUAAUAUAUUUGAUAACUAAAUAUAUUUGUGGCAAAUCCAAAUAAAAUGAUUCAGCCUGAACAUAAAAACAGAUGCAUGUUCAGCUCUGAAAAGACCCCAUCUUAAACCCUACAAGCUGCAAUGGAAGUUAAGAUGUAUCUCAGAAUUCAUCUCAUGUUUAAAUGCAAUAAAAUUAUGAGGGAAAUGUUGCACCCAGACCACUGUCAGGAUUAUGUGCAAAAAGAGUGCGCGCUCUGCUUAUGUUUGUCCUCCUUUCUGCUUCAUCUCAAGUACUCAAACUGCCUUCACAAAUGCAUGAACUUUUGUGCUUCAGGUAGUCUUGCAUCUCUUUCACUGUUGCAAUGGUACCCUUGAGGUCAGUCUGCUAUCUGAGCUCUCCUUGAAAUGCACAAAUGCAUUUGGACUACAUCCUCGCCUAAUGUUUAUUAGGACUAACUAAAAGAAGAGAUAGUAAG